ACCGGGCAUAGCGCAUCUCCGCACUCGCAGCCGGGCGUCGAGUGAGUGAACUCAUUAUUCCCCUCCAUCGCUCCAACGUCAUCCAUUCAUCGUCUUUUCGUCCCCUCCUUCGCACUCUCACUUCCCUCCUUAUUCCUUGCUCAACUAUAUCACAUAACAUUCGCCUCUAUCCGGAUCGUCGUUUCUCCACCAGUUCAUCUUUCAUUAUGUCUUCUGACUGGGGCUCUUGGUUUUACUCUUCAGGUAAUGCUCGGUCUUCGAUCGACGACUCAAACCGUAGUGACGUCCACAGCGGCGAGGAUGAGACCGUUGAGCCCGAUCAGGGAAAUGUGCUCUCGCACAUCAUCUCCCAGUUGCGACCGGGUGCAGACUUGAGUCGAGUCGUUCUUCCUACUUUCAUUCUCGAGCCGCGAUCCAUGCUGGAAAGAAUAACCAACUUCAUGGCACACCCCGAAACCCUUCUUCCUAUGACCACCAUCGAUGAUCCGCUUGAGCGCUUCGUGUCCGUUGUCCGGCUCUACCUGAGUGGGUGGCAUAUCAAGCCUCCAGGCGUGAAGAAGCCCCUAAAUCCAAUCCUCGGAGAGACCUUCACCGGAUACUGGGAGUACCCCGAUGGCACGCGCGGAUACUACAUCGCCGAACAGACUUCGCACCACCCGCCCAAGUCGAGCUAUUUCUUCAUGGCCCCUGAACACAAUAUCCGGAUAGACGGGACCUUGAAACCGCGCAGUAAGUUCCUGGGCAAUUCCGCAGCUAGUCUGAUGGAAGGUGUUGCCGUUCUGCGGCUUCUGAACAAAGGUCAGAACCAGGAGAAAGGCGAACGAUAUAUCCUGACGCAACCUAACAUGUACGCCCGCGGUAUUCUCUUCGGGAAGAUGAAGUAUGAGCUCGGAGAUCACAGCUAUGUCCGAUGUCCGGAGAACGACCUGGUUGCGGACAUAGAGUUCAAGACCAAGGGCUACUUUUCCGGUACUUACAAUGCGAUUGGCGGGACCAUCAAGAACGAAAAGACCGGAGAGGUAUACUACGAGCUUUCUGGUAUGUGGAAUGGGGAGAUGACCAUUAAAAACGUCGCGACACACAAGAAAGAGACUCUUUUCGACGCAGUACAUGCCAAGCACACCCCUCCCCUACACCGACCGAUUGAAGAGCAAGGUGACCGGGAAUCACAAAAGCUAUGGUACGACACAGUCCAGGCCAUCAUUGCCCGCGAUCACGAUGCCGCAACGGAUUCGAAAACCGCGGUUGAAGAUCGUCAACGUGAAGAAGCAGCCAAGAGAACCGAACAAGGUGUUGAAUGGCAACCAAAACUCUUUCGUCAUGUCCAAGGGGGCCCCGGUGGCCCGGACGAGGGCGAGGAAGAUCUAGACUGGAUCAUUGAUGCGGAGGUGUAAGUGCAAAUCUACCCAAAGAGAGUGAAAGUAGACUGACGCUGUAUAGUGAACCUCACAACCCCGAAGUUGCCAUCAAACAGAUUCUAUCCAUUGCCCCGAUCUUGCCAGGCCAGAAGAACGAAACCCCCGCGGCAAGCCAAUGAACACACGAC